GUACUAGCACAUCCUCUUGUCCAGCAGGGAGCGGAAAACUCUCCUUGCAACAUGGCUCCCUUUCUCUCCCCCCUCUCUUCGCUCUCCCACCUCUCCCUUGCCAGUACCAAAACUCUGGCAUCCAACUAAAUCAUUGUGUCUUUUUGGCGAAGAAGUGGGAUUGGGAUAGACAGAACGGAGAAAGACAGAUAGGUGAGGGUGACACAGGGACAGAAAGUGGGGGAAGGAAAGACCAGAGCUGUCAAUCUUCAUGCUUUGAAUUCAUCUUCGUCAAAAAAAGAAAUAUUUAUGCUUCAGCUUAGACUUCAGGUUAAGUCUGUUUCUCUUCAGCUGUUACUUUGCAACAUUAACACUUAAAUAUCAUUUAGAGUUGUGAAGGGGAUUCACAUCAGUAGGAAGGCAUUUUUGAGUAAUGUCAGACAGUUUGGCUCCAGUUCUGACUUCAGACACUGACAGGCGAACGCUGACAGGAUUGCAUGGAGUGCGGCUGUGCAGAGGGAGGAGGGAGACGGCGCUUAAGUGCUGCGCACAUUCAACAUGCUCCUUCACAGAUCAUUUCGACUCUGACGGAUUCUGCAUGACAGGCAGACGAGGAACCUCACAACAUGUGUCAGAGUCGUCCCUAGACAACUCAGAGAAAGACGGAACUCCUCAGAACUAAAGUCACGAUGACCAGAAAAGACAAAACAGGAACAAUUGCUAUUGCAAAACCUGAAAAUUAGAAGUACUUUGCACUGCAGGGGUGGGGUGGAGGGAAUGACUGUUUCUCCUUAUAGUAGAACAACUAUUUUCCUCAGUAUUCAGCAAAAAAAACCUCACCACAAUCAAUGCUGCAGCAUGACAGGAAAAACAAAGUGAUUUUGAAGACAGUUUUAGUAACAGCAAUGCUAGAACUGACCUUUCAAGCAUAUAAACAGUGCAUCGUAACUUUUUUAAAAAAAUUCUUUCUUUUGUUCGGCAGAUUCUUUGAUACCAGUCCAAUCUUCAAGGAUCUGGGCCAUUUCAAAUCUUUCCAGAGAUUUUGAGUCACAUCCUCAGACAACACACACCCACACACACGCACGCUACAGACAGCUGAACAGACUUAAGAAAAGCAGUCACUGGGGAUUUGUUGAGAACAUAAACUUUGCCACUCAGGAUGUACUGUAAGAAAUUUACAGACACACACAUUAAAUUUAGAUCAAACUCUGCUGUACGUUUUCGCCGGAUCCAGCUGUAAAGACGUGAGUCUUUCAUUCAGCACUGUGAGGACUGCAAUGCAGAGUGACCAGGAAGUCAUCAGACACAAGAAGUUACAACAUCUAAAACACAAAAGAGCAUCUUGCUGAAAUUGGAACACCAAUCAGAUUGGAUGUCACUUUUACAGACUCUUAUUGAUGAACAUGAAACCAUUAGAUUAUCUCAAAUGUGAUGAAGAGACACACUUUCUGAAAGAAGAACGAGGUUGAUAAGUGAUUCUUUAUUCCAAAGACAUUAGCACCAUGAUGGAAAAACUGAAACAUUCUGCUCCACCUGCCUCCCCACCUGACCUCCUUCGUCCCACCUCCUCUUCCUCUCCCUCAUCUUCUACUUCUUCACAGUCCUCUGCAUCCGUGGAGCUGCACAGUCCUUCAACGUCCUCAGAUCCCACUAGAAGCCCAAAGCCCAUAAAUAAAGCUGAGCUAAAUGAACAUAUGAACAUCUCUACUCCAGCCACAAUUCGAUCUCCCAUCAUCCUAACAACAGUGUUAACCAGUCACCAAGCAGGUGCAUACGAACCACCUGAGUCUACUGCCAGGGAGAUGGAGAAAGAUGACGAGAUGGAAAAACUUGAGGGAUCAAAAACCGUUGCCUCUAAUGCUCCUGCAUCCACAAAUGGAUCCCCGACUCUUUCUUCCCCACCGCCACUCCUCCCUGCUCCAGCCAAGACAUCUCCGUGCCCCCUUCCGCCUGCAACUUCCACCUCAGCUGUCCUCUCAUCAUCCUCACUGUCUCCUCUUCCUCCACACAUUCCAGUCAUCAGCCUUGGUCACAGCAAGCCCCCUCUGCCUCUCCCCAACACCCCUUUGACUGCUCUCCACCCAAUUCCCAGCCUCAUCCACGGACCCCACAGGGACAUUCGGCACAGCCAGCAGACCUGUUUGACCAUGAUCAGUCCUGGAGCGUCAGGAUUACCUGGAAGUCCUGGAGGCCCUUCCGCUGGUCCUUCUGGGCCCCUCCUGGCUCAGCAGUAUCUCCCCACACAUCCAUUCCUCACCAGUUCCUACCUGGGACCCUCAGGGGGAAGCUAUGGUGUCAACAACAACAUCCGCAUUAAGAGGAGGCCCUCUUCUCAUUUUGAGAUGGAGAUCAACGAAUGCCCUCCUCAGAAACUUGCCCGCCGGGUGUUCACCAACAGUCGCGAGCGCUGGCGGCAGCAGAACGUGAACGGGGCUUUUUCUGAGCUCAGAAAACUGAUUCCUACGCACCCGCCCGACAAGAAGCUCAGCAAGAACGAAAUCCUGCGUCUGGCCGUGAAGUACAUCAACUUCCUGGUCACACUGCUCAACGACCAGGCUCAAGACAAGAGCAGGAACUCCGCUGAGGACCGAGCAGAGGAUGACAGCAGGGCUGCUGGGUUGGACGGUAACAGUCAGAGGACUCUGUUUCAGAGGGACACCCCGCCCGCAGCAGCCCGUCCCGCUGCUGUGGCGUCAGCCCACAGAGAUUCAGCUGACUCAGUCAUUGCAUUGGUGAACUCUCCAGCAACGUCCAGCUGCUAUGGAGACACGGACAGUGAGGAGAGCUUUGGGGCGAAGACCGCUUUGGUAACGCAUGAUAUUCUGGGAAAAAUUAAAGGUCAGAUUAGGAUGGUUGCUGCUACAAAUGAUGAGCGGUGACUUUAAAAGACCUGUAGAGGCGCUGGGAGGAAAAUGUAACAUGCAACAAACCAGGAGCUGCCAAGAAUAAUAGAUUUUUUCCCCCCUUUGAUUAUCCAGUUUUUGAAAAUCUGCCUCUAAGUAGUGUGAAUAAAAUGUCCAUUUUGGUGAUAUUUCAUACUUAAUAGCUUGUGUUUUUGUGCAAACAUUGAUUUUGAAGUGUUGCGCAUGAAAUAAACCUUUGCUUAGCGGAAAGUUUAGCCAUGAAAUUUAACAGAACAAUCAAAAUAUAUUGCAACCCAAUAACCUGGAGCAUGCUAUAGUUCACUGCAAAAGUAAACAUCCCUAUUUCAUGUGGCAUCACAUUCAAACCAUGAACACCAAUGUGUUUUAUGGGGAUUCAUUAUAAAUCGACAAGAAGCAGUGCAUUACUGAGAAGUUGAAGAAACAAGUACGCGGUUUCAAAACGUUUUUGUCAUAAAAUUUUCAAAAUUGUAGUAUAAUAUUUGCAUUCAGACUCUUUAUUUCUCAUUUCCUUGGAUAAAAUACAAUCCAAUGAUCUGCCUUCAGAAGUCAGUAUGAAUACAACUGUUCCUCCGAUGUUUGCUGACAAACUAAUAGCAUCAUGAAACCAAGAAAUACAGCAAACGUGUCAAGGAGAAAGUUGUGGAGAAGUAAAGUGCCUUCAACACACACGUGAUAAAACAUGGUGGUGUCACCGUCACGCUGUGAGGAUUUUUUUUCUUCAGCAGGGACCCUGGUUAGAGUUGAUGGGAUGAUAAAUUCAGCUAAACAACUUAAUCCUAGAAGAAAACUUAGAGGCUGUAAAAGAUUCCUGACUGGGGCUGAGGGUUCACCCUGCAGACAGUAUUGGAAUGGCUAAGUCAAAGUCCAGUCCUUUUAUAGAUAAAAAUCUGACUCAAGAAUUGUCAAUUGAUGCUCACAGAUGCUCUCUGUCCAUUCUGAACGAGCUUGCACUAUUUUGAGAAAAAGGAAUUGGUAGUAAAAAAAAAAAGCCUGCAGUAAAAGAUAGUUAAAGAAACUACUUUCUCACAGAGGAUGAAUAGAUUGCAUGCUACAUUUUUCAGAAUGCUUUAUUCAUAGAAUACCUUGAAAAUAAUUUUUCCUCCUCUUUACAAGUGCAAUACUUUGCAAUGUUCUAUCUUAGGAUGCUACAUUGAAAUGCAUGGACACUUGAGGCUGUGAAAAUGUUAGAAUACUUUUGCAAGGAACUGCCACCUUCCAUCAAGUAAUGGCAACAUAGAUUCCAGUAACUUCUUGCCUCUUUUGGAAUUAAUUUAUUUUGACAAAAUAUGGGAAACAUGGUUUUAACUCUCAAAAAUGUCUUGCAUAAAUGUAUUUUGUUCCCAUCUGAAUCUUAGAUGUUUACGUGUACAGUUACAAUCUUCAUCGCACCAGCAGAAAAGCUCAUGGCAUGCUUCACAAUUUGCUGUGUUAAUGUUCUUCCUGUCCUUGUUGAAAAGAAGCGGGUCCAUGGUUCCACCCUGAAGUUGUGACACACUUCUACCAGACAAUAAUAAAGUGUGCUUUACGCUGCUGUUCCUUA